AGAUUAGAGUAAAUGAAUAAAUCGAUAUCGGAAAUAGAAGUUGCGGCUGUGUAUUGUUCACAAUAUUAUCGAAUUAUAAUCGAUAACGUUUAUUACAUCAGACGAAAAUCACCAGAUUUUUAUUUUGUUUUUUUAAAUACUGUCGGCUGAUGACUUCUUCACCACUGAUAAACAUGAAUUUUAUACUUUUUCGUACAGAAAUUACACAAUGGUUAAACUGAUAAUUGCCGCCGCUAUAUUAGCCGUUGCUUUUGCGGCACCCGCCGAAAAGAUAAGGGUUCCGUUCCAUAAGCUACUCGCACCACGUGAUCCAUUCCCUGAACCGAAGGAAGAUGUACCAAUUCCAUCGGAAGUCUCGCUCGAAUCGAUUGUACAACGUCUUGACAAUUUUAACCCAUCCAACUUGGAGAUUUGGGGUCAAAGAUACUAUGUGAACAAUGCUUAUUACACACCCGGAUCCCCAAUCUUCUUGUUCUUAGCUGGUGAAUGGACCAUUACACCAUAUCGAUUGACUAACAGUCUGAUGCAUGAUAUUGCCAGUCAAGUGAAUGGUAGUUUAUACUACUUGGAACAUCGUUACUAUGGCGAGAGUCGUCCAACACCAAAUGUUAGCGACGAAAACAUUAGAUUUUUGACGCCCGAACAAGCCAUAGCAGAUGCAGCUCACUUCGUCAAUUUCAUUCGUACAAGUCUAGAUGGUGCAGCUAAUUCACCCAUUAUCUUAGUUGGUGGUCAUUAUUCUGCAAGUUUAGCUGUUUGGUUCCGUCAACGGUAUCCGCAUUUAUCAGCUGGUGUCUGGGCAUCGAGUGCACCCCUACCAUCUGUUGUCGAUUUCGAUGGAUUCAAGGAAGCUACCGGCGCUGCUUACCGUGCCGUUGGAGGAGAUGAAUGUUACGAUGCUCUUGAGCUCGGUUUCGAUAGAAUGCGCGCACUUUUCGAUGCUGAAGAUUUUGAAGAAUUAACUGAAACAUUCUAUCUAUGCGAUCCACUUGAAGAAGAAGAUGGUCCUCAUUUCUUCAGUUUAAUGGCUGAAUUUUACUCAAUUUUGCCUCAAUUCGAAUUCGAAGAAUUCAUUGAAGCCACCUGUAAUCACAUCAUCGAAGGACAAAGCUCAAUUGAAAGCAUUGCCUAUCUGCUAAACAAUUUUAUUGACAUUGAUGGAGGACAAUGCAUCGACAUUGAUUAUGAUUACAUUAUUGAAGCUGAACGUCAAAUCGAGUGGGACUCCCCAGCUGUUGCAGUUGGCUACAGACAAUGGACCUACCAAUUGUGCUCACAGAUCGGUUGGUUCCACACAAGUGGAUCACCUAACCAGCCAUUUGGUGACAAAUUCCCAGCUGAGCUUUAUCAUGCCGGUUGUCAAGCAGUCUUUGGUGAUUCAUUCACUGAGGAGCGACUCAACCGUAACUCAGAACGCUUCAACACAAUCUAUGGUGGUCUGGAACCCGAUGUGUCCAAUGCAGUUUUCGUUUACGGUCAACACGAUCCAUGGUCCGUACUCGGACGCCGAACCAAUUUGAGUGAUGAUGCUGUCGCUAUUGUCAUUGAAGGCGCUACUAUGGGUAAUGAUUUGGGACCACGUCACAGAGACAAUCCUCCAGCAUUGGCAGCCGCUAAGGAUCAAAUUGAAGCUCUUAUUCUUGAAUGGAUUGAUGAAUUCAACAAUUCCAACUAAUUUUAUCAUUGUUUGUCUUUGUGCUUGCAGCAAUGGGAGUAUGAUAACAUAGACGAAUUAAACGAAUAUUUUCUUAUAAAAUGA